GUAUGGACCCAUAUGAUAACUUUUUCAAAUCUGAAUCUUUAGCCAUUGGCAUUUGUCAUUUGUGGCCACAGGCAUGGUGACAUAUACAAUGCAAAUGUCAAUAUCAUGAAGCCUAUUUAUCUGACAAAAUAUUCAAAGCGACCAGUUACCUUGUGUCUCGACUUUCAAUUGAUAUUUUUUCUGAAGGUCACUCAUCUCUAGUUCUUGGUAAGUUACUGCUUUCUCACCCUCAAACUUAAACCAGCCAUGGAACAGAUCAAGCACAACCAUGUAGAAGUAAGAGGACUGAAACUACAUGUAGCAGAAAUUGGCACUGGUAGUAAGGUGGUUUUGUUCCUACAUGGAUUCCCAGAGAUCUGGUAUACAUGGAGACACCAAAUGAUUGCUGUUGCAAGUUCUGGGUAUAGAGCAAUAGCUAUUGAUUUCAGAGGCUAUGGACUAUCUGAACAGCCACCUGAGCCAGAGAAAGGGAGCUUCUUGGACCUCGUUGAUGAUAUUGUUGCUCUUCUUGACACUCUCGGCAUCGAUAAGGUUUUUCUAGUUGGGAAGGAUUUUGGAGCAUUACCUGUAAGUCUAAUAGCUUCCCUGCACCCCGAAAGGUUGUCUGGGUUCGCAACCCUGGGCGUUCCUUUCUUGUUACCAGGUGCUAAUGCUGUCCAGAAUCAUCUCAUGCCAAAAGGCUUCUACAUAACAAGGUGGCAGGAGCCAGGGAGAGCUGAAGCAGAUUUUGGCAGGCUAGAUGUCAAGACAGUGAUAAGAAAUGUCUACAUUCUCUUCUCUGGGAUUGAGCCACCAGCAGCAAGAGAUGACCAAGAAAUCAUGGACUUGGUUGAUCCUUCUACUCCUCUACCACCAUGGUUCUCAGAAGAAGAUCUUGCAGUUUAUGCAUCUCUUUAUGAGAAAUCAGGAUUUCGAUUUGCAUUACGGGUUCCAUACAGGACUUUGAAAAUAGAUUGUGGAAUAACAGAUCCAAAAAUCACAUGUCCAGCUUUGUUAAUCAUGGGAGAGAAGGAUUAUGUGCUAAAUUUCGCAGGCAUGGAAGAUUACAUAAGAAGUGGAAAAGUGAAACAUUUUGUACCUAAUUUGGACAUCAUCUUCAUGAAAGAAGGGAGCCAUUUUGUUCAUGAACAACUUCCACAGCAAGUGAAUGAGCUUCUCAUCAACUUCCUUAACAAACAUAGUAAUUAAAGAGGAUGCACCAUGAGCACCUCAAAUGUGAUGUAGCUUCCAUUUAAGUAAGAAAUUAAGUGCUGCUCGUGUUGGCAAGAGGCUGGCAGACUAAUGCCGUGUGAUCCUAAAAUAAGGCUUUUAUAUUUUUUCAUCUUGUCAUAUUUACUGCAUAAUAUCAUGGUUCUGUUUUCACUC